UCUUGGCGAUUUUAAUCUGCACCAACCUAGCUCUCGUUUCCUCUUGCCCAUACACAUGCCGCUGCAAUUUAACAUCGAUGGACUGCGCUAAAACAUCCCUCCAAGUGUUGCCUUCGAGGAUUCCUACAAAUAUAAAAAACAUCCACAUGGAAAACAACCUGCUGGAUAAUGUCGACGGCCACCUGGAAACCCAUGAAAAGUUACUCUAUCUUAACCUCAGCCAAAAUCGCUUAUCCCAUUUUCCAAAAGGUCUGCCUGGGAGCCUUAAAGUCAUUGACAUGUCCAACAAUCAAAUAUCGCAGAUCGAUUCAACCGCUGGUGCUGCUGACUUGAAAUCCAUUGAAGAGCUUUAUCUUGAUAACAACUUGCUCACCAAGAUCCCGAGUGGGCUCUUCAACAGGCGUUCGAAGCUGCGCUUGAUAACUCUGCAUGGAAACCCGUGGGCAUGCGACUGCUCACUUCUUUAUCUCCAGAACUGGCUCGGGAGCCAUCCCGGUGUUGUACUCGAUGAGCCGGUUUGCAUUGAGCCACCGGACUUCAGUGGAGUGAAACUUCUCUCCAUCCCUGCCUGGCAGCUGUGCUCGCCUCUGGCGCAGAAUGCCAAGCUGCCUGAUAACUCUGGGCCAACGAUGCGGUUCCUCCGUUCCAUCUACGACAUGAGAAUAACUGCCAACGGGACAAAUGCCCCUUCUACUCCUUCGACCCCUGUUGUGCCAACAACGAAUCAACAAGCGGGUCCGCUGACGGCUGGUGAAAUCGCAGCCAUUGUCUUGGGCAUCUUGGGACUGUUAGCGAUUGCUUUAAUUGCUGUACUUUUUCUGGCUGCAAGAAAUGGAAUUGCAUUUUGAUUGCGAUAAGUUUGCCAUGAGAUAAUGACACGUGCAUAUUAGUGUUCAGUACAAUGUGGUGGGAUGCAUUAUACAUAUAGAUAUAUAGUAUGUCGGUUUUGCAUUUGUACUGGAAAGUUCCCCCAAUGUGUUUUGGUUAUGCCACGUUCUUGUUUGGCACGAUGUUUUGGUGAAUCGGUAUCCGAUGAAUCUCCCAGCACACAGAGCGAUUUUAUCAGACAUUGUGCCAAACAAAACGUAGUACGGCUAACCUGAAAACACAUUGGAGAGGCAUGUCACUUGACAAUAGGCUUGAAACUUUGUCAAAACGCAAAUAUAUAACAAUUGUGUUCUUCAUAUAUCCAGUCUUAACACAGCUUUUAUAGAGGGUACUGCAUGACGUUGUUUGGCAAAAUUCCAUUAUUGAGCGCUGGGCAUAUGGUAGGAAAGCAGAGGUAUAUGGGUAAAGAUUCAAUCCAUACGAGAAGGUAACACUCAAAGCUUUGGCAAGCUGGAUUCAAGAAUCCAUUGCUGUACACUGACAUCCUCUGGACACCUUGUAGUCCAAACCUACAGCACCUGAUAUUUCCAGGCAGUAAAGUCCUAAACCAGGCAAAAUACCUGCUUAG